CCGAGCCGCGCCUCAAACUUUUGGCGAUGCGACCGGAGUGUAGCCACUGCCGACGAAACUCCAGAUGCUUCGUCAUGGCGCCUUUGCAAUACCCACGGUCCCACCAGUACAGCUACCAAGGGUCCCUCAAUGGCGCCAUCGAAGCGACGGUCCAGGCCUCGGUCUUUCAGGACUCGCGCAAGCCGAAUGGACGUGGCUUGCGGCAGGCUUCCUGGUGAUUUCCAAGUCCCCGCGAUCUCGAACCUCCUGUGGGCAAGGCUCCGUGCGCGAAACUCCUAGCGGUUUGCAGACCGCAGUGCCGCUCAGAGACGCACACGCCGCGUUGCGCGACGAGGCCAAAGAAGCAAGUUCGAAGAGCUCUUCGUAUCGUGAGAAGCCCAAGCGCCCCACUUUGCCGGCAGAAUACCUGCAGUACCUGAGGCCGGGGAAGCGCCUGAACUCCGCGGACUGGCUGGAGACCAUCCUCGGAAUCCCCCACUCCCGGGUCUUGGAGCGUAUCCAGCACCCCUUGCUCACCAUGACAGCCGUGAGCCUGGCCUCGUGCUUCCUGCACUGCGUGCUGCGGGUGCCUGGGCUUCCCACCAUGCAGGUCCACACGCUGCUGGGCUCGGGUUUGAGUCUGCUGCUUGUCUUCCGCACCAAUUCGGCGUAUCAGAGAUUCCAGGAGGGCCGAAAGAUCUGGAACGACAUUCUGGACAAAUGCCGCGACAUCUCCUUGACAGUGUCCCUCUUCAGAAAAGAGGCAGGCCCUCAGCGCGUGCGCAUCAUUCGCUCCUCCGUCCAAGCCUUCCCCUUCGCCAUGCAGGAGCAUUGUCGAGCCAAGGAGUCCACCAACCUCAAGCAGCGGCUCCAUUGGCUGCUGGAGGAGAUGCAUCAAGCUCGAGUAGAGCUGAGCGGUCAAUCGAGCCGAGCAGGUCCGGUAGCCCGUCAUACCGCCCCUCCCUCGAAUCGACCGCUGCACAUCAUCUCCCGCCUGUUGUAUGUGAUCAAUUCCAUUCCAACUACCGAGGACAGCUUUACUAGCAAGGAGCGAGUGUGGCUGCUGUCUAUGGCCACGUCUCUCUCGCACACUGUGGGUCGGUGCGAACGGCUGAUCCAAACCCCAGUUCCACUGUCUUACGCGCGCCACACCGCGCGCUUCGUGUCCAUUUGGACGUUGACGUUGCCUUUUGCUUUGGUGGCCAGCUGCAGAUGGCUCACAGUGCCCUUUGUUGCCUUCGUAACGUGGGCGCUGUUUGGCAUCCUGGAGAUUGGCAACCUGAUCGAGGACCCGUUCCGACGCAGCAUCGAGCUCACUCCCAUUUGUGAGGCGAUCUACCACGACGCUGGUCGUGCCCUGGGGGAUGUUCCGAGCUCCUCUGCUGUCGCUAUGGGCGUCUGUGCGGCGCGGGGAUCGCAACUGCCCGGGGAUCGUUUGCCGGGCGACUCGGAUCUGUGCGAGGGCAGGCGCAGGACGCCAUACUCUGAGACGUUCGAAUGUGUUCAGGCAUGGCAGGAGCCCUGCCCCGAGCCUCACGGCGCAUCCCGACUGCGUGAGGUGCAGGAGGUCUACGAUGUAGCGCCUUAG